UAGAGAACUAGUGGCUCCCGCGACUUCAAUCAGUUAGCUGUUUCUUUCUCUCGGCUCGUUAGCUUGUAGUACUCAUUAGAAUUCAUCAAAAGCUCCAAAAAACUCCUACUUCCAACCGUCUAUUUCAUUCUAUGUGUAUUUUGCAUUCCUCAGUCCAAUUUUCGUUUAAAAUCAAAAAUGUUUUAAAGAAUUUUGAUUUACCAUAUGAAUAAGUAUGAGUCCAAACAUGGAAAUAGAGAAAUCGAAAGGAGUCAUGCAGGAAAUUUUGUACGAGGUUAUCGAGAAAAGCGAAUCAUACAAGUUCAUCCGAAUGGCUGACGAUCUUCAUGAUGUGGCAUCAUACCUUAAUGAUAUGCGCAUUUGUUUUAUUGCCUUAACAGUCACAGGUUACAUUGUUCUCGUCAUAUAUUUGUUUGUAUUUUGUUUUCGAAGAAGUCGGCGAAAUCAACCGCGGCGUCGCUAUGGAGAUUACCAGCUUGAAAGUCAACGAGAAUUCAAUAAUACACAAACAACAAAUGAUGAAAUGCUGACGACGGUGCGAAGUGAUGCAAAUAGCAGUUAUAUGGGUAGAAAUCAUCACAGAGGACGGAUUCGACAGGAAAAGGUCGCAUCAGAAUACGGCGCCAACGUUCAUGCGCCACGGGCACAUGAACCAUCAGCAGACGACGCGACUCGUGGCGGACAACGACGGAUCGGCGGUGAAACACCAAAUACCACACAUUACAACGGAGGCGCCAACUGACGAAAAAGCAAAAGUACCGCAACUUGUCAAGGAUUCCAUCGACUCUUGAUUAUAUUUUUGUUUGAUCACUUUGUUCCGUUUUGUCUCAACAUUUUACAAGUUCACAUUUGGUCAUUUCCCUUUGUAUUCGAAAUGUACGCCUUCCCUCAUGCAAUGUGCCCAAAUUUUCCCAAAAAUUCAGUGCUCGACCCUUAUCACAAUGAGCACUGAACCUCUUCUCUGAAUUUUAUGUCUUAAUUCAUUCCGAUUUCAGCUACGGUGAAAAUAUGUUUCCGAUUUUUAAACGAUCCCAUCUGAUAAGAAAAAUUAUGUUUUGAAAAUUAAAAAAAAACAGCCCACGAUUCCCGAGACGUACUUAUAGCAAUUCUUGGAAAUCAAUUCACAAAUUUCUCUGCGAGAACAUCUCAUUUCUCAUCUUUCCUGUUUUUACUCUAGAAUUUUACCUGAAGAUAAGCAAUAGCCUUCCCUCCUCAUUCUGCACAAAUGUUUGUUCCUAAAAAUAAGAUCCCAUCAAAUUAUGUUCUAAUGUUAUACAUUUGAAAGUCCAAGCUUUUGAUUAUUUGCCGUUUCAUCUUGGCCCCGCCGCGGGUAGCAUUUAUAUCCCGAACACAGUUUCUCUCUCACUCAAUGUUUUAAUCCGAUUUUUUUAUACCUACGUUUUUCAAUUUUUCAAGAAUCUAAGUCUCAUGGUUCAAUUUUUGCAUUCUUCAAUUUUUCCCUUCUCAACAAGACAAUGAAAUUGUAGACUUCUUUUUGUUUAAUAAAAUUCGGUGCUGAUUUUAAA